AUGGAGAUAACAAUAACUUGCAAAACCUUUAGCUAAAGGAUUUUAUUUGGUGUGGAUUAUAGUGAGUGUAUUUAAAAAGGAAGUUAAAUUGAGCUUUUGAACUAGUAAAAAGAAUAUAUAUCAUUUAAGACAAUCAAGUAACCAAAUUAAUGAAAACGAAACAGCUGGAUUCAACACUAGUGCAUCUAUAAUAUUCUAUUUUAGGAGUUCUUUUGUGAUGUUAUCAAAGUUGCUGCUCAGAUUAUUAGCCAAAUCAAAAGAAAAAAGAGUGUUGAAAACCAAAAAAUAGAUAAAGAUUUUGUAAACAAAAGCCAACUAGUGCAGGAAAGGUUUCAAUCUAUAAUAAUAUUGA